AUGGAAGCCAGCGCCGGACUUGUUGCCGGUUCUCACAACCGCAAUGAACUCGUCGUCAUUCAUGGCCAUGAAGAGCACAAACCAUUGAGGAACUUGGAUGGGCAGGUGUGUGAGAUAUGCGGGGACGAUGUGGGGUUGACGGUGGAUGGAGAUUUGUUUGUGGCGUGCAAUGAGUGCGGGUUCCCAGUUUGCAGGCCUUGCUAUGAGUACGAGCGCAGAGAAGGCUCCCAGAACUGCCCUCAGUGCAAAACCAGAUACAAGCGUCUCAAAGGCAGCCCCCGCGUUGAAGGAGAUGAUGACGAAGAGGACGUGGAUGACAUUGAACAUGAAUUCAACAUUAAUAGUAACCAUCAUCCAGAAGAUGAUGAUCAACUUAAUAAUGGCAACACCAGAUCAUCAACUUAUAAUAAGCACAAUAUUAAUAAUGAGCAUCUGGCUGAAGCCAUGCUCCAUGGCAAGAUGAGCUACGGCAGAGGCCCUGACGAUCCUGAUCAAGACUCCCAAUUCCCAUCUGUAAUUUCCGGUGGCAGAUCCCGCCCGGUUAGCGGCGAGCUCACAUUCUUAUCUCAUGGAGAUCAGCAUAUGCCAUCUUCUUCAUUGCAUAAGCGAGUGCAUCCCUAUCCAGUUUCUGAGCCCGGAAGUGAAAGAUGGGAUGCUGAGAAGAAAGAGGGAGCUGGGUGGAAAGAAAGAAUGGAUGACUGGAAAAUGCAGCAUCAAGGCAACCUGGGGGGCCCUGAUCAACCUGAUGACUUGAAUGAUGCAGACAUGUCCAUGAGCGAUGAAGCUAGGCAGCCACUCUCCAGGAAAGUACCAAUUGCAUCAAGCAAGAUCAACCCUUAUCGGAUGAUCAUUGUGGCUCGCCUUUUUAUUUUGGCCUUCUUCCUUCGGUAUAGGCUUUUGAAUCCAGUCUUUGAUGCAUUUGGUCUCUGGUUAGCCUCUGUCAUCUGUGAAAUAUGGUUUGCGUUUUCGUGGAUCCUUGAUCAGUUCCCAAAGUGGUACCCCAUUGAUCGUGAGACCUACCUUGAUCGCCUUUCACUCAGGUAUGAGAGAGAGGGUGAACCAAAUAUGCUCUGCCCAGUAGAUGUGUUUGUGAGUACUGUGGAUCCGAUGAAGGAACCUCCACUUAAUACAGCCAAUACAGUUCUUUCAAUCUUGUCUAUGGACUACCCUGUUGAUAAAAUCUCAUGCUACAUCUCUGAUGAUGGAGCUUCCAUGCUCACCUUUGAAGCCUUGUCAGAAACUGCAGAAUUUGCACGCAAAUGGGUUCCUUUCUGCAAGAAAUUUGCCAUUGAGCCUCGAGCCCCCGAGAUGUACUUCUCUGAGAAGAUUGAUUAUCUCAAGGACAAAGUCCAGCCAACAUUUGUGAAGGAGCGUCGAGCUAUGAAGAGAGAAUAUGAAGAAUUCAAGGUUAGGGUAAAUGCGCUUGUUGCCAAAGCCACAAAGGUUCCACCAGAAGGGUGGAUUAUGCAAGAUGGGACACCAUGGCCCGGAAACAAUACAAAGGAUCACCCUGGCAUGAUUCAAGUCUUUCUUGGUCACAGUGGAGGCCUUGAUACUGAAGGAAAUGAGCUUCCUCGUCUUGUCUACGUGUCUCGUGAAAAGAGGCCUGGUUUCCAACAUCACAAGAAGGCCGGUGCCAUGAAUGCCCUGGUUCGUGUCUCUGGAGUGCUUACCAAUGCUCCUUUCAUGCUCAACUUGGAUUGUGACCAUUAUGUGAACAACAGCAAGGCUGCGAGAGAGGCCAUGUGUUUCUUGAUGGACCCCCAAAUUGGAAGGAAGGUUUGCUAUGUCCAGUUCCCUCAAAGAUUUGAUGGCAUUGACAGGAACGAUCGUUAUGCCAACAGAAAUACAGUCUUCUUCGAUAUUAACAUGAAAGGUCUUGAUGGAAUUCAAGGUCCUGUGUAUGUGGGCACAGGAUGUGUGUUCAGAAGGCAAGCUUUGUAUGGCUAUGAUCCUCCAAAGGGUCCUAAGCGCCCAAAGAUGGUAAGCUGUGACUGCUGCCCAUGUUUUGGACGCCGCAAGAAGCUUCCAAAGUAUUCCAAGCAUGCUGCAAAUGGACAAGGUGCAAACCUACAAGGAGUGGAUGAUGACAAAGAGCUAUUGAUGUCCCAAAUGAAUUUCGAAAAGAAAUUCGGACAGUCCGCAGUUUUUGUGACUUCAACUUUAAUGGAACAAGGUGGUGUCCCUCCUUCCUCAAGCCCUGCGGCCAUGCUUAAAGAAGCCAUUCACGUAAUCAGUUGCGGUUAUGAAGACAAAACUGAAUGGGGUUUAGAGCUGGGUUGGAUUUACGGGUCUAUCACAGAGGAUAUCCUAACAGGUUUCAAGAUGCAUUGCCGGGGUUGGAGGUCAAUUUACUGUAUGCCAGAGAGACCUGCAUUCAAGGGAACAGCUCCCAUUAACUUGUCAGAUAGGCUCAACCAGGUGCUUCGUUGGGCACUUGGUUCCAUUGAGAUCUUUUUCAGUCGCCACAGUCCACUCUGGUAUGGCUACAAGGGAGGGAAGCUCAAGUGGCUUGAGCGGUUCGCUUAUGUCAACACUACUGUCUACCCUUUCACCUCCCUUCCUCUCCUUGCCUAUUGUAUCCUACCUGCUGUCUGCUUGCUCACCGAUAAAUUCAUCAUGCCAUCGAUAAGCACUUUUGCAAGUCUCUUCUUCAUAGCUCUGUUCCUCUCAAUCUUUGCCACGGGCAUUCUUGAGCUGCGAUGGAGUGGAGUGAGCAUCGAAGAAUGGUGGAGAAAUGAGCAAUUCUGGGUGAUUGGUGGUGUGUCAGCUCACCUCUUUGCUGUUAUCCAAGGCCUUCUGAAGGUUUUGGCUGGAAUUGACACCAACUUCACUGUGACUGCCAAGUCAUCAGAUGAUGAGGAUUUUGGAGAAUUGUACGCCUUUAAAUGGACAACCCUCCUAAUCCCUCCAACCACUAUCUUAGUCAUUAACCUUGUUGGAGUAGUUGCUGGGAUUUCAGACGCCAUAAACAAUGGGUACCAAUCAUGGGGACCUCUAUUUGGAAAGCUCUUCUUUUCAUUUUGGGUGAUUAUCCAUCUCUAUCCAUUCCUUAAAGGUCUCAUGGGGCGGCAGAACCGGACGCCAACUAUUGUUGUCAUUUGGUCAGUGCUCCUGGCUUCUAUCUUCUCCUUACUCUGGGUCCGAAUUGAUCCAUUUGUGUUAAAAACCAAGGGACCUGACACGAAGCAAUGCGGAAUCAAUUGCUGAAAAUACUUGUAUCCCUUUUGUCCUUUUCAAAUGUGCAUCUCCAGAAGAUAUAUGCUGCAUUCUUGUCUUUACAGAGUAUGAUGUCUAAACAACAAAAAGGAGAUGCAAGAAUGAAUAAAGGCAGACUACAAAUUUUUGUGUAGCUUAAGUGCAAUGUACCCAGUUUUGUAAGUGAAUUGGAAAGUGUUGGUGUGAUACUUUGUGCUAACUGACAAGGGAUCUGAAUUGAUUCUCAGUUUAUUAUCAUUUAAAACUGCAGAUAUAUAUAUAUAUAUUUUUUGUAUUGUGUACUUACGUUGCAGAACCUUCACAUCCCGCUUAUCAAUAAUGUAAUAUCUUGAAAAUCA